GCAGGUCUUGACUUCGUCCCCACCGCACGGCAUGACACCUACCCAGCCAUCGACCCGUCCAAGGCGGACAUGAGCGGGAAAGUCGUCCUCGUCACAGGAGCGUCGAAAGGGAUCGGAAAGGCCGUCGCUGUCGCCUUCGCGCAGGCAGGAGUGUCAGGCCUCGUCCUGCUCGCCCGCUCCGACAUGAGCGCCACCAAAGCCGCCUGCGAGGCGGCUCAGCGCCCGGGCCAGUCCCUGCAGGUCCUGACCAUCUCCGCGGACAACACGAUCACGGCGGACGUCGAGGCGGCGGCGCAGAACGUCAAGGAGACCUUCGGGCGGCUCGACGUGCUGAUCAAUAACGCCGGGUAUAUGGAGGGUUCUGGGAAGAUCGGUGACUACGAACCUGAGGAGUGGUGGAAGUCUUGGACGAUCAACAUCCGGGGGACGUACGAGGUCACCCGUGCUUUCCUCCCGCUCCUGCUCGAGUGCGGGGGUGAUAAAAUCAUCGUGAACGUGUCCAGCGUCGGCGCACACUUCGUGGACGGGCUCAUCAGCGCAUACAAGAUGACGAAGCUCGCGAUUUUGCGCUUUACCGAAUUGCUCAUGGCAGAGUAUGGAGAGAAGGGCCUGCUCGCCUUCUCCGUGCACCCAGGUUCGAUCGCGACGGACAUGGCUGAAAAGUUGCCGGAAGAGUUGAUGCAUACCUUGGUCGACACGCUCGAGCUCGCAUCACAUGGUCUUGUUUGGCUCGUGCGCGAGCGACGAGACUGGCUUGCGGGCCGCUAUUUCAGCUGCCAUUGGGAUGUCGACGAGCUUGAGGCGAAGAAACAGGAGAUUGUUGAGGGAGACAAGUUGAAGAUCAGGAUGGUCGUGUAAUGGCUGCGAUCAUAGUGACUAACUGCUACGAGGGCGUCCGCGCAAUCCUAGGUAAUGUUUUCAUAGCAUGGUAUAUAAUCCCUGUCAGUAUAUCACCACACCAGAGAAGAUGAUUUGGGUAUUAUGGUUCGAACCACCCCACCCUCGCCAUCUCGUCUGCUAGUCCCUCCCAUCCUCGUCUCCGCGCCUUCCUCCCUGCUAGUUCCGUGGCGAAUCUACGUCGUCCUUCAGUAUCGCACAGAACUUCAACGCACGGAUCACGCACCUCAGGCACUCUUCCAGCCUCCACCUACCCAUCUCGCGCACAUCCGACCCCACGUCCUUGCCCCGAUUUGCCCCGCUUGGGGUAUACGGCUCGCCGGGUAACAAUCUCCGACU